UAAGAAGUUAGUUUCUGUGCUUCUGUCUCGUUCUGCCCCGCGUAUUCAGCAGAGAUGUUCGGGCUUUAGGACCCAGACAAGACCUUGCACCCCAAAACUUUUACAAUUACCUUUUCUAAGUUUUCCACUCCCCCGACACACACAAGCCAACUAAAGCUACGUGCCGUUGGACAUGUAUCUGCUCUCGCGCUGUGGAUAAAAAGGAGCACGGAGUGGUUUAACGGUUACAAAGGCGUGACUGAAUAUGGCUAAUGUUUAUGUGUGCGUGCUUCUGUGCGCCGCUGUGCUCGUGCCCGCGGUUCGAUGUCAGUAUGAGCACUACAGUGCGGAGAAUUUCCCGCAAGCGGAUCUGAUGCCGCUGGACUCGGCGUACGGUUUCGCGCUGGAGCGGUACGGCGCGCGGGAGUGGGUGGAGAGCGCGCGGUACUUGGAACUUAGCCUGCGCCUCCAUCGAUUACUGAAGGAGAGCGAGGCGCACUGUAGCCGCGCGUGCACCCGGGACAACCUGCACGACACCAACAUGGAUACAAGCCUGCAAAUCUUCAGACACAUCCUCACGCGUGCGGCGUGCGUGAAAAAGUGUAAAUCGGAAAUGCCUGUAUUUUCUAAAAAAUACCCGAACCCCGAAACUCUGGAGGCCUUUAGCACGAGGACGCCGUACCGGUAUUUACAAUUCGCUUAUUAUCAGAUGAAUAAUCUGGAGAAAGCUAUAUCAGCAGCACACACUUAUCUCCAGCGUAACCCAGGGGACCCGCUAAUCUCCAAGAACAUGAACUUUUACAAAAGUCUGUUUGAUAUUGAAGAGUAUUUAAUGGACCAGGAGGAGAAAAAACAUGAGACACUCUUCCUGAAGGCAGUGCUGCUAUAUAACGCAGGGGACUUCAGCAGGUCGGUGAGCAUGAUGGAGGAAGUGUGUGUGGAGUAUUUACAUGUAUAUGAUGAGUGUGUUUCAGCAUGUGAGGGAUCAUAUGAGGUGCAGGAGGUCAAAGACUUUUACCAUACACUCGCAGGGUUCUUUAUGGAGGUGAUGAGGUGUAAGGUGAGGUGUGAAGAGAAUUUAACUCCCAAUGUUGGUGGAUUUUUUGUGGAAAAAUUUGUUGCCACCAUUUACCACUACAUGCAGUUUGCAUAUUAUAAAUUGAAUGAUGUCAUUAAGGCUGCUCCGUGUGCACUUAGUUAUCUGCUCUUUGAUCCUGAUGAUCAGGUGAUGCAGCAAAAUGUUGCAUAUUACAAAUUUCACAGAAACCAGUGGAGUCUGAGUGAGGAGGAGUUUAAACCCCGCCCUGAAGCUCUUCGUUACUUUAAUCAGACAAUGAAGCAAAAAGAAUUGCUGAAAUUUGCACGCAACUAUUUACAAACAGAUGACGAGGAUGUUGUGAGUCCAGAGGAAUCUCCUGCUCUUUCUUCUCCUGAUGAAGAGUUUGAUGGAGUUGGUGAUUAUGAAGAGUCGUUCCUUGCUGAGUGGUGGCAGGAACCCAAAACUAAAGGAGACACUGGAGAAGCAGAAUGAAACACGCAUACAAUGGACUACAUCAGUUGUGUGUGUGUGCACGUGUAAUGAUGAACUACACUGACUGCUGAAGGCAGGAAGUAUUCCUUCUUCUCCUGUGAAAACACACAUACGCACACAUGGCUGAAGAUCUGGCAGAGAGCAACUGGUGACCCGUUGAUGAUUUUGUUGUUAUUGUUAUUUAACUCUGCUGCAGGAUUAUUGUGAUACAUAAAUAAAUAACACAUAAAUAGGUUUUUAAUGUAAAGCAUUGAUUUUUCAUUCAUGUUCAUUUUCCAUUCUGGCUUAAACAUGUAAAUGUUUCCCCCAGAGUAACAUGUUAGGCAACUCCAGUGUUGAAGAGUGUCUCACAGACUCACUGAUUCACUGUCUUGCCAUCAAGUGUCAUAAACAGAGUUGGGUAUAACGCGUUACAAAGUAUAUAAAGUUUCUUUAUCCUAAUAGCACAAGAAUCUAACGCAGUAGUUCUCAAAAUUAGGGCCUCCAGAUGGCGCUGGGGGGGCUGCAUAGAAAUUCUAGAAGCUUUUUUUUUUUUUUUUUACUUUUACCUGUAUGUAAGUCAGGAUUGGCAACCUUUGAACUAUGAUUAUGCAUAAAAAUGAGGUAAUAAAUAAUAAAUUAAAUUAAUUAUACACAGUACACUAAGACACAAACCAAGCGGUUGAUAUACUAAUGUACUGUUAGCCACACGCUGAUAAAACGUAAAGACUAUUUAAAAUGGAUAAGUUUUUAAAUAGAGGAUGUAGUCUCUUAACUGAGAAAGUUAAUACAGAGGAGCCUAGCAUGAAAAAAAAUUUGACUAGGGGCGCACCAUACAUAAGGGGGCCUCAUGCUGAAAAAUGAGUACCACUGAUGUAACGCAUUAUAUUUUAAGUUUAUAUAAGUUGAUUAGUUACUAUUGUCAAUAAAAUUACAUUAUUUGCAUUACAAAUUUAUUGCUAAGAAAACAUUAAGUAAAAUGUAUUUUUUAAAAUCAUGUUUUGCGCAGCUGCCUGGGGUGUAACCCGGCUUGGCCAUUUGCGGCUGUAGCUCUGAGGAUUUUUUCUUUAGCCCGAAUAAUUCUCCACCUGGAGAAGUUUGUUACUAUGUAGAUGAACGUCAGUACAAGAAGACGGCAGUGUUGUAAUUUUAUAUCUUCAGUGAACGGAGGUAACCAGCGAGACAAGGUUUACAGGAAAAUACAUGGAAACAAUCGUGUCUUAUUGGCUGAUAGUCUCUCAAUUCUGCUAAACGGUAACUCACAGUCAGUGUGAGGGAAAAGUGGGUAUACACCAAUUUUUAUUUAUUUAUUUAUUUAAAUCAGUAAAGGGGUUGAAAAUUAAACAGUAACAUCUCGUUAUCUCAAGUGGAUAAUGGUGGUGGUUGAGGAGAUUUCCCCUCAUUCUAUAUAAAGCAAUUUGAGUGCCUAGAAAAGCGCUAUAUAAAUUUAAGAUAUUAUCAUGCUGAGCAGGAAAA